CCGUCUAGAUGCCUGCACGUGAUACUGGCAGAUGCGCCUACUGGUGCAUUGAUUUCUGCACGACAACGCGUAACGCGACGCGUGCGAAAAGUCGUCGCUCGUAUUAAAAAGCAAAACGCGGCGUUUCCAUUCACUUCACUUUCCGCUUCACCACCAUGACAUCCCAGCCUGCCAUUCGAGACGUGUUCUCUAAACCUCCCUUGGUGGCCUUCUCCCAUGCUACCGCCAAGCUCAUAGCUGCUUCUACUAAUGGUGUGAUCCGCUCCAUCGACUUGAAAGAUACGACGAAACAGCCCAUCACCGGAGACAUAAUCGAGAACCUCACAUGUUUGACGGUUUCCAAUAACGGUAAGCUUGUCCUUAUCACGAAUAUUGAUGGUGAGGUAUUUUUGGCCCGUGUAGACCGACUCGACGAGCCGGACAACGGAAAGAAGAUCUUCCGUUCCGAGUUGCCGCUCCGCUCAGCCGUCUUCACGCACGGCGACACGCGCUGUGUGGUCGGUGGGGAUGAUAACUCGCUCGCCAUUAUCAAAUUACCAAUUUCUGAGGACUCCCAGGACGAUGAGGAUGAUAUCGCCGCUCACGUGACUUCGUUCUCCCUCAAAGAUUCAUGCACCAACCUUGCAUACAGCGCGAUUGGGGACAAGUUGGCCGUUUCUUUGUCAAGUGGUAAUGUUGAGAUCUUAUCGUUGACCUCGGAAACACCCCAGUGGGACCAUACGAUGACAGGCGCACUCGCAAAGGUCGCGUACGACUCGUUUGUGGGCGAAGAUGCGUACAUCCCCAUGGACGCGUCUUAUGCGUGCACAAAAGUGGUGUGGAACGUGUCUGGUGACGAGUUUGCACUUCCCAGCCUGACCGGGGGCGAAAUCCAGGUCUACGACCGUUCCUACGCGGUCAAACGGACCUUUAAGGGCGCCCAUAACGGCCAGAUUAUGGACCUCUGUUGGUCUUCUUCCGGUGAGUUGGCGUCCUUAGAUGCGGAUGAAACGUUAGUAGUUUGGAGAUCCACCGGGCCGCAGGUUUUCACAGUAGAGGCCAAGGAAAAGUUGACCAACAUGACGUGGACUGCGACUGGACUCGCCAUUGGAUGUGUAUCGGGAGAGCUCAUCACGUACGACGAUAUCCUUCAAUCUAAGACUGAUGGUGUUGAAUUCACGGACGAUGAUGCCCCAGUCAAUCUCUUUGACGAUAUGGCUGGAGAAAGCGAUGAGGAGGCGAGACAAUUCGAUAUCGAGGACGAUUUUGUGAUCGAUGACGAUGGAAUCGGCUACGCUGAGCCAUCCAAACGUGCUUAUGAUGAUAUUGAAAGCGGGUAUGAAAGCAAAAAGCCGAAAUAUGUCCCAAAGGCGGUGGGAUACACCCACAAGCCAUACACCCCUGGCUGCACGCCUUGGAACACGGACAAAAGACGUUACCUCACAAUGAACACGGUGGGCUACGUAUGGGCGGUCAAAACAUCAUCUUCUUUGGACUCCACCGAAGAGCAGAUCAUCACUGCAACCUUUUUUGACAGAAGUGCCAACACUGAGUACUACUUCAAUGACCUGAGCCAGUAUGAUAUGGCCUCCCUCACCAGCACUGGUUGCUUGUUUGCCCUGUCUUCUCUCAAGCAGCUCUACUACCGUCUGAACAGUUCCAGCGACUCUUGGACGCGCAGCUUGCCGUACAUCUUUGCCGACGCGACAGUCACCGCCGUGACACUCGCGGGAAAGGUUGCCAUGGUGGCGCUUUCCAACAGUUAUGUGCUCGUUUACACGGUGCACGGCCAGUUGGAGGACGUUAUGAAGCUGGAUGGUGCGGUGGUGGCGAUGGUGGCGGAUCCAGUCACUGAUUUGGUGUUUAUGGUGCACUUGUCCACCUCCGUAGUGACUGAAAACGGCUCCGGGAGCGACCUCAGAUACACUAUCUACGAUCACUUCGAUACCAAGUUCUACCAGCGCGGGCUCAGCUUACCACUCACCGGAGAGCUCGACCGAGACCUCCUCCGGGGUGUUUUCUUUAGUGAGGAAGGUGAUCCAUGUGUAGUGGGCCAGGACCAUGUAUUGUUGGUGUUGACCAAGUGGCGCGAGCCCCAGCAAGCGGUGUGGAUCCCACUUCUUGACACAAAGCAGGGGAUGGUGGAGGAAGUUGGCGGUGAGGUUGGAAAGUUGAGCUCAUGGCCAUUGGGGUUGUUUGGCUCUACGUUCUGGUGUAUUGGGUUGAGAAAUAACUCCACAAAUAUCAAAAAGGUGAUGUACCCGAGUUUCCCGCUACCUGCAAACAUGGAGAUUUCGAUCAAGAUUCCGGUUCUGGAGGCCAAGACCGAUCCGGAGGAGGAGUUUAUUCGUGCAAAGGCCAUGGGCCAAUUGCUCAACGCAACCAUCUCCGCUAACACGGUGGAGGAGAGGCAGGACGAGUUGGAGGAGAAAUUGAAAGAAUAUUCCAUGGUGUAUGAUAAGUCUAUCCUCCAGUUGUUCAUCGUCGCGUGCCAGGAGUCGCAGAUGGCCAAGGCGGUGUCGUUGUUGAAGCUAUUGAGGGAUGACAAGGCUUUGAGUGCCGCUGCGAAGAUUGCCGAGCGUUUUGGGUUUCUUAAGCUAGUCACCGGGAUUACCAAAAUGCGUGAGAACUUGAUGAGCCUUGAGGAUGAGUGAAAUUGAAAGCGGAAAUGUGUACGAUAGGUGUAAUAAAGGUAAUAUCAAGAGUUUUGA